AUGUACUGGAAGCAUGAGAGCGCCGCCCCGGCGCUGCCGGACGGCUGCCGCUUGCCGGCCGAGGGCGGCCCCGCCGCCGACCAGGUGAUGGCCCAGCCAGGGUCCGGCUGCAAAGCGACCACCCGCUGUCUCGAAGGGACCGCGCCGCCAGCCAUGGCUCAGUCCGAAGCCGAGGCCCUGGCGGGCGCGCUGGACAAGGACGAGGGUCGGGCCUCCCCGUGCACGCCCAGCACGCCGUCCGUCUGCUCGCCGCCCUCUGCCGCCUCUUCCGUGCCGUCCGCGGGCAAAAACAUCUGCUCCAGCUGCGGCCUGGAGAUCCUGGACCGCUAUCUGCUCAAGGUCAACAACCUCAUCUGGCACGUGCGGUGCCUCGAGUGCUCGGUGUGUCGCACGUCGCUGAGGCAGCAGAACAGCUGCUACAUCAAGAACAAGGAGAUCUACUGCAAGAUGGACUACUUCAGCCGAUUCGGAACCAAGUGCGCUCGGUGCGGCCGCCAAAUCUACGCCAGUGACUGGGUGCGGAGGGCGCGCGGCAAUGCCUACCACCUGGCCUGCUUCGCCUGCUUCUCCUGCAAGCGCCAGCUGUCCACCGGCGAGGAGUUCGGCCUGGUUGAGGAGAAGGUGCUUUGCCGCAUCCAUUACGACACCAUGAUCGAGAACCUCAAGAGGGCCGCCGAGAACGGGAACGGUCUCACGUUGGAGGGGGCGGUGCCCUCAGAACAGGACAGUCAGCCCAAGCCGGCCAAGCGCGCACGGACGUCCUUCACCGCUGAGCAGUUGCAGGUUAUGCAGGCGCAGUUCGCGCAGGACAACAACCCCGACGCUCAGACACUGCAGAAGCUGGCGGACAUGACGGGCCUCAGCCGCAGGGUCAUUCAGGUGUGGUUUCAAAACUGCCGAGCGCGUCAUAAAAAGCAUACACCGCAGCACCCGGUGCCGCCCUCAGGGGCGCCCCCGUCCCGCCUUCCCUCCGCCCUGUCCGACGACAUCCACUACUCUCCCUUCAGCAGCCCAGAGCGGGCGCGCAUGGUCACCCUGCACGGCUACAUCGAGAGUCAUCCUUUUUCAGUACUAACGCUGCCGGCACUUGCACAUCUGUCCAUGGGCACCGCACAGCUGCCCCUCAGCCGCUGAGAUCCAGCACCCACCUGUGGCCGGGGACCCACCGCCUUUGCAUACACCCUCACCCGCUGCCAUCCUGCCCUCUGCCAGUGGCCCCCUUGAGCCAGGCCCAGUCUUUCCCUCUCCUGCUGAUGAACCAGAACCCACCAGGAGCAGCACAGUCCCUCUCCGGGGACGGGGACGCUUGGGGAGCUCAGAGGCUCUCAGGCUCCCUGAAAUGUGGCAUCAGCAUGAAAACAAGCAGCCUGUCUUUUCUCAUCAGACGGAGUCACCCUUAACGUCAGCUGAUCACAGCAGCAAUGGCCAACUUGAUCGCGGGUUACCAAACAGCCUCCUACUUCACAGGUUUUCUUCUCCCCCAUAUUGGCCUUUAUUUACAACGUCCUUGGAACCGUCUCUGAAUUCUGAAUAGCCAACAACCCCCAACAUUAUAUACUCUGUUGCUUUUGUCUGGAAAAACUCUACAGUGUUUGUGGGAUGUCCCCAAAGAAAAGCUGUGUUCUAAUUUUAUCAUUUCCAUCUGUCUGGUUAUGUCAAGUUAACUCAGAAAAAGAAGAGACACUGACCAACCCUGAGAGGCCCAACAGGGCAGAGAUGGAGGGCUGCCCAGAUGAAGAGGCAGACAGACAGGCAGGGACGGGUGCCAAAGACUCCCCAUUGGCUUGGAGGAGAGGGACUGGGUAUGCUGGACUUGGAGAGGUGCUGACCGUCUCAUGGAGAGAAAAGAGGAAACUUGGAGGGGGGCUUCCCCCACCUAAUUACCCAGCAGGAGUCAUGGCAAGGAUGGCAUCCUGAUCUGCAUGAUGACACCGCUGAAUGUUUGGGUGGGCUAGCAUUUGAGACCCUUGUUGGCCACUUUUCAGUCCUGAGAGAAGGGCCUGAGCCAGUCUUCUCUGGGGGUGGGGUGGGAGCACUCAUGAGGAUCAAGGACCAAAGCCCAGUGAAAUGGCAGCCAGAAGAGCAGUUCUGAUUCAUCCCCGAGGGAAGAGAGGUGCCCAGGAUUCCAGCUGGCACCUCUGCAGUUUCCCCACCAACUCUCCACAGAGCCAGCUCCACCCACUCCUGAGAGCAGAGGCCAACUCCAAAUACAGCUUUCAGGUUACACAGUGCCCCCCACACACCAUUUAUGUUUUCAGGGGAUGCCCAUUUGUCCCAAGCUUAUCCUGUAAUUCUAGAGCCACUCUGUGGCCUGAUGCUCUUUUUACUAGACGCUGCCUAGCAGCAUGUUUUAGCCAAAGUCCUUCUGCUCACUUUGAGAAGACUUCAGGACAGGGAAGGCAAGUUCAUAGUAUGUAUGGAGUUGCUCCCUGCUUCACUCAUGGCAGACAUAGCUAAUCAAUCACAGUGCUCUCUCUCACGGAGUCUGGACAAGGUUUUAGAAUUCGCAUGCUUGAAGUUGGCACUUAUUUGAGAACCACUGUGCCAUUUUGCUGUGAGACCUGAAGGAGAGUUAGGCAUGGAGGAAGCCCCUGAAGGAAACUUGCAUCUUUUCCUUCCAAAAAUUGCCAACUGACUGAGGACAAAGAGAAAGCACCACCCAGAAUACUGUGAGUGUGGUUGAGUUCAGAACUCCAGUACACUGAGCCAGGCACUGACUCAAGCAGGAGGAACCUGGCCUGAUCCCUGGUGUUGGGGAACCCAGAUCUUUCCUUUGAUUUUUGCUCCUAAUGAUCAAAAUCCCAAUCGCAACCGUGUGGGACAUGGCCAGCUGAGCCCGGGUCACUCGGUACCCACUCUGCCUUGAGCUUUCCCCCAGAGUCUAUUUCUUGCGUGGAUAACGUGGCAGUAGCAUGUUGCAGUUCAAAUGUCUCCACUACCCUGUUCAGAACAGCCUGGGAAUAUACAGGCCAUAGAGGCUAUUUAUUUAAAUACACACGCACACACACGCACACAUACACAAAGGGGGGAAACACACAAAUGGAAAAAAUUGUAAGCACUUUUUUUUUUUUUUGUAAAACCAAUGUCUGUUUUGUUACAUACCUUUCAUGUUGUGCUUUGUAAAUGUCUUAUUUGUGUAAUAAAUAAAGUUAAUGCGAGUAGAAGUGCUGGCGCUUA